ACGUCACUUCCGUCGCGCUGUCGGUGACGUCACGCAGCAAUGGCGGCGCCGCGGGUGUCGCUGGGGGCGCUGAAGGAGCCGCUGGGGCUGAACCGCGGCCUGCAGUGGUUUUUCUCCAUCUUCGCUUUCGCCACCUGCGGCGCCUUCGAGGGCUCCGUCACCUUCAGGGUCACCUGCGCGGGGCUGGAGAACGGCAGCGUCAGCGCCGCCUUCGCCUACCCCUUCAGGUUGAACCAGGCCGUGUUCCAGCCCUCGCUGACUCACCUGUGCAACCACACCUGGCCCAGGGACGUGCACCUGGUCGGGGACUUCUCCUCGGCCGCCAGGUUCUUCGUGGGCGUGGCCGUGGCCGCCUUCCUCUACAGCCUGGGGGCCCUGGGCGGCUACCUGGGCUACCUGCACCUGUACAGGUGCGCCGGCUCGCGCCUGCCCCUGGCGGACCUGGUGGCCUCGGGGCUCGUGGCCGCCCUGUGGCUCGUGGCCUCCUCGGCCUGGGCCCAGGGCCUGGGGCACGUCCGGGCGGCCGUGGCCGCGCCCCUCCCCCACUGCCCCUCCCCCACCGUCGACUGCGUCCACGCCGGGGUCACCCCCAUGGGCAGCCUGGGGGCGUCCGUGGCCUUCGGCUUCCUCAACCUCCUGCUCUGGGCCGGCGGCUGCUGGUUCAUCUACAAGGAGACGCCGCUGCACCGCCCGGCCCCGCCCCCCGACCCCGCCCCCUCCCCCAUGUGACCCCGCCCCUCCCCCCCACGUUUGUAGCGGUGCCAAGUUUGGGGGCGGGGCUGAGCAUUGGGGGGGCGUGGCCAGGCGCUGGGGGAGGGGCUUUGUGCGCGGGGUGGGGGAGGGGUGGGGGUUGAGCGUUGGGCGGGUGACGUUGACCUUGGUGAGCCUGGGUUGGUCUCGGGCUGAGCUUUGGGUGACCUCACCUGGCCUGGGGCAGGCUGGGCCGUGACUUUGGCUCGGUCUCGACUUUGCGUUGGUCUUGACCUUGAGUUAGUCUUGGCUUUGGCUUGGUCUUGACUUUGAGUUGGUUGGUCUUGGCCAUGGGUUGGUCUUGGCCAUGGGUUGGUCUCGACUUUAGAUUGGUCAUGGCUUGGUCUUGACUUUGGGUUGGUCUUGGCCGUGGAUUGGUUGGUUUUGACCAUGGGUUGGUCUUGACUUUGGGUUGGUCUUGACUUUGGUUUGGUCUUGACUUUAGGUUGGUCUCGGCCAUGGCUUGGUCUUGGCUAUGACUUGGUCUUGGCUUUGGGUUGGUUGGUCUUGGCCAUGGGUUGGUUGGUCUUGACUUUGGGUUGGUCUUGGCCUUGAGGUAGUCUCGACUUUGAGUUGGUUGGUCUUGGCCAUGGGUUAGUCUUGACUUUAAAUUGGUCUUGGCCACAGCUUGGUCUUGACUUGGCUUGGUCUUGACUUUGGGUUGCUCUUGGCCAUGGGUUAGUCUUGACUUCGGGUCGGUCUCGGCCACGGGUGGGUUGCUCUUUCCCUCGCUGACCAUUGGGCGGGUCUGGGUUGACCUCUGGCUGACCUUGCCGUUGGUUUGGACCGGCCUUGACCAUGGGAUGAUUGAUCUUGACUUCAUUGACCGUGGCUUGGUCUUCACUUGGCCAUUGGGGACUUUGAUCUCAGCUCGACCUUGGCGUGGGUUGGUCUCGGGUUGGUGUUGACCAUUGGUUGGUUGACCUUGACUUUGGUGACCAUCGGCCAGUCUUGGGUUGACUUUUGACUUCACUGACCAUUGGUUGACCUUGGCUUGACCAUUGGUUGACCUUGGCUUGACCCUUGGUUGGUCUUGGCUUGACCGUUGCCUCGGUGUUACUUUGGCCGACCCUCGGUUGAGUUGACCGUGACUUGGCUUGGCCCGAGAUUGACCCCUGGGCUGGCCCUGACCGCGCGCUGACCAUUGGCCGGAUUGGUCUUGCGGUGACCAUCGGCUGGGUCAGGUUGGCCGUUGGUUGGUCUUGACUUGGGUGGACCUUUGGGGUCACGUUGGGUUGGUCUCGGGUGGGUUUGGACUGGGUUUGGCUGACCAUCACCCGGCUUGCUCUUGAGCUUGACCAGCGCUUGGUUGACCUUGACUUGGCGCGGCUUGGCCUUGACUCGUGCUGACCGUUAGCCUUGAUUCCGCUGACCGUUAACGGAGGCGACCGUUGGGUUGGUCUUGAUUGAUUAACGGUUAAUUGGGUUGACCACUGGGUUGGCCUUGAUCUUGAGAUGACCAUUGGGUUGGUCUUGACUUUGACCAUCGAUUGUCCAGUCUUGAUUUGAGCUGCUCAUUGGCUCGCUUCGACUUUGCUGACCAUUGGUUGAGUUGAGGUUGGGUUGGGUUGGGUUAAUCUUGGCUUUGAGUUGGGUUGGGUGGACUUCGGGUUGGGUUGACUCUGAAUUGGGUUGAGUUGACCUUGGCCGAUGUUGGGUUGGGUUGGGUUGGUGUUGGGUUGGUUGCACCUUGGGUUGAGUUGAGUUUGGUUGGAUUGGGUUGACUUUUGGCUUGGCUUGGAUUGAGUUGGGUUGACCUUGGGUGACCUUGAGUUGGGUUGGGUUGAUCUUGGGUUGGGUUUGAUUGGUUGACAUUGGGUUGGGUUGGGUUGACCUUGGGUUGGGUUGGGUUGGGUUGAUCUUGGUUGACCUUGGGUUGGGUUGGGUUUGGUUGGUCAACCUUUGGUUGGGUUGGGUUGUGUUGACCUUGGGUGACCUUUCCUUGACCCCGCUC